AUGAGUCAGCAAUCCAAAAAAUAUCACCCUCCAGUUCCACCCAAAGAUCAUGAACAAAUACAUGAAUUUUAUGCAGAUCAGGGAGAUCAUAGAUGGUCAAAUCUUUCUAGAGAGGAAGCACUACAAUGGUUAGAUAAAGCUUUUCCUCCACCCAUAGCAA